CGUGCCCAAGAUGGCGGCGGCCGGUGGCGGCUCCGCUCCCGUUUCGGGCCGCACCGUGAUGGUGCGGGGGCUGCCCGCCGCCGCCACCGCCGCCGACCUCGAGAGCCUCUUCGGCUGCCUCGGGCCCCUCCGCCGCUGCUUCGUCGUCACCGAGAAGGGCACCAAGACCUGCCGCGGCUUCGGCUACGUCACCUUCUCCCUGCCCGAGGACGCCCAGCGAGCUCUGCGGGAGGCCACCACCCUUGGUGGCCGCCGGCUCGGCGUGACACCGGCCCGGCAGAGGCCCAGGGAGGGGAGGAAGAAGCUGCAAAAGCAGGAGGAUGAGGAGGAGAAGGAGGCAGCAGCGGGUGUCCCCAAGGCCACCGCUGCAGCCCCCCCAGGACCGAAGAAGCCCCGAGGCGCCUCCAGGAAGGCCCGGCUGAUCGUCCGCAACCUCAGCUUCAAGUGCUCUGAGGACGACCUGAGGUCUCUCUUCUCGCCCUUCGGCACCGUGCUGGAGGUGAACAUCCCCAGGAAGCCAGACGGGAAGAUGCGGGGAUUCGCCUUCGUGCAGUUGGGGAACAUGCUGGAAGCGGCCAAAGCGCUGCGGGGGAUGAACAUGAAGGAGAUCAAAGGGCGGCCGGUGGCGGUGGACUGGGCCGUGGCUAAGGACAAGUACCGGGCGACGCAGGGCGGCCAGCCUGACGAGAGCGAGCAGAAACCUGGGGAGACCGAAGAGCAGAGUGUGGGCGAUGGUGAGGAAGAGGAGGAGGAAAAGGAGGAGGAGGAGGAAGAUGAGGAAAAAGCAGCUGGGAAGAUGAAGGUCAAGCUCUCCUCUGCUCAGGCACGGGGCCGGCCUGCGAAGGGGACGGCAGCUGCGGAGAGCAGCGAGGAAGAGGAGGAAGAUGAUGAAGGAGGUAGCGAGGAUGAUAACGAGCAGGAGGAGGGCUCGGAUGAGGGAGAGGAUGAAGAGGAGGAUGAAGAGGAGGAGGAGGAGGAAGAUGAAGGGGGGGCCGCGCCCGAGAAGCAGCGGGGGAGGGGGCAGCAGCCCCCCUCGGACGUGGGCGAGGGCCGAACCGUCUUCAUCCGGAAUCUCUCCUUCGAUACGGAGGAGGAGGCGCUGGGGGAACUGCUGCAGCAAUUCGGGGACCUCAAGUACGUCCGCAUCGUCCUGCACCCCGACACGGAGCACUCCAAGGGCUGCGCCUUCGCCCAGUUCCUGACGCAAGAAGCCGCCCAGAAAUGUCUGCAGGCUGCCCAGGAGGAGAGUGAGGCUGGGGGGCUGCGGCUGGACGGGCGGCUGCUCCGCAUCGAUCUGGCCGUGAGCCGCGAGGAAGCCCAGAAACUCCGCGGGCAGAAAACGAAGAAGCCGACGGGCACCCGAAACCUUUACCUGGCCCGCGAAGGCUUGAUCCGUGCCGGGACGAAGGCCGCGGAGGGCGUGAGCGACGCCGACAUGGCCAAGCGUGCGCGGUUUGAGGAGCUGAAGUACCAGAAGCUGCGGGACCAGAACAUCUUCGUGUCCCGCACCCGGCUCUGCAUCCACAACCUGCCCAAGGCCGUGGACAGCGCCCGGCUGCGGCGCCUCGUGCUGCGGGUGGCCGGCGGGGCCAGGGCCCUGCGCAUCAAGGAGUGCCGGGUGAUGCGGGAGCUGCGGGGGCAGGGGCGGUCCCUGGGGUACGCCUUCGUGGAGUUCGGGGAGCACGAGCAGGCGCUGGCCGCCCUGCGCAGCAUCAACAACAACCCCCACCUCUUCGGGGCCCAGAAGAGACCCAUCGUUGAGUUCUCGCUGGAGGACCGGCGGAAGCUGAAGCUGAAGGAGCAGCGAGCUCAGCGCAGCCUGCUCAAGCUGAAACGGAAGCCGGCGGAGAAGGAACCGGCUGCUGCCGGGGCAGCCGAGCCAACGGGACCCCCGGAGAAGCGGCAGGGAAGGAAGAAACCCCCCGCCAAGGGCCUCAAGGGCUCCCAGGGCCCGAGGGGACCCCCGGGGGGGGGACAGGAGGCGGCCCCGGCCCCCCCGAGCCACCCGACCCCCCCGGCCGUCGCCGUCCCCUGGUCCGGUUUCCGCACGGAGGCGCAGGUGGAGCGGGUGGAGCUGCCGGAUGGCACCACCAGGAAGAAGGUUUUGGCGCUGCCCUCGCACCGCGGGCCCAAGAUCAGGAAGCGGGACAGGGGGAAGGUGAAGCCUGUCCCCACCAAGCAGCCCAAGGGCAAAGCCCAGCGGCGGAAGGAGAAGAGCAAGGUGGCCCCCACCCAGGCGCGGGGGCGGCGGCAGGGCGGGGGGGCCGAGGCCCGGUUCAGCGAGCUGGUGGAGCGGUACAAGAGGAAGAUCCUGGGCAGCGACCCCCCCGCGCCCAAGAGGAGCAAGUGGUUCGAGAGCUGAGCCCCCCCCAGCACCCUGCCCCCCCCCCCAGGGGUGCUGGCCCACGGGGAGACCCGGGGGACCUGCUGGGGGGGAAAGGACUUGAGGGGUCCCCCCCUCCCUGGGCUCUGGGGGUGCCCCCAUCCUUUCUCCCCCUCCUCUCCCUGGGGUCUCAUGUGGUUUGGGAUCCUUGGGGGGGUGGAAGGAGGGGGCACCCCGCACCCCCCCACCUUGUCAGUGACAGGGUGUUGUAAAAUUGUAGGGAUAUAUUUUAAUAAAAAGCUUUUUGGA